AUGCCUCCAAAAAAGAAAGGCAAAGGUAAAAAGAAAAAAGGUGGUGAUGAAAGUGAAAUGGAAGUUAAAAUUAAACAAAGUCAACAUGAAGUUGAUGCACUUAAAGAUCAAAUGGCUUAUCGACGUGAAUUAUCACGUCGUUCUCUUGCUAUAGCUGAUAAUUAUCGUGAACAAAUGCAAACAACACAAUCGAGUUUUGAAGAAUUACAAAGUGAUAUGAAAGCUGUUUCAUCUGGUUUAACACAACAAUAUAAAACAAUGCAAAUGGAAUUAGGUUUCAAAAUAACUCAACUUGAAAUGGAAUUAGGUUCAACAAAAACACGUUUAAAUACUACAGAUCAAGAAUUGACACAACAACGUCUUCAAUAUGAAAAAAUGCAACGAGAUAAAGAUGCACAUAUUUCAAUGUUAGAUGGAAAAAUCUCAAAUUUAGAAACAUCAUUUGAAAAUUUAAUUGAUAUUGGCUUUAACAAUAUUCUUACACGAUUGAAUGAAGAAAAACAAAAAUGGGAUAUUAAAAUGGAUACAAUCUUUGACGAAAAUAAACGUUCAUUACGAAAUCUGAAUUUAAUUCAUCUUGAGGUGUAA